AUGAGCCCCGAGGAAGGAGACGAUGUGAACGACCCGGCGACGCUCGCGCACAUCGCUCGAGUUUCCCUCUCGAACGUUGUCGAGAAAAAACGCAUCUUUGACACGCUCUCUCGUUUCGCCGUGGAACAGAACGAACUGUUAGACGUCGUCGGUUCCUUGCGAGACGGAAGAGAAGUGUUGGCGCCGUUCACGUCGGUCGCGUUCAUCGAAGGGAAAAUCACCAACUGCGACGAGUUACUGGUGAAAUUAUCCACAAGCCAGGAUCAGCUCUACGCGGAAAGAACUCGGGAGCAAACCUGCGAGAUGUUGAGGAAGAGACGCGUUUUUGCGGAGGAGAAAUUGCUCCGAGCGGAGGAGGAUUUGCGAAAGAGCGAAAUCGAACACCGAGAGACGAUGAGAGUUUUGUCGGAAAAAUUUGAAAGUUUGAGCAAUAUCACAGACGGAGAACCGAAAUCGAGAGUCAUCGAAGGACCGAACGGGAGGAAGACGGUGCUCACGCCGAGAGACGGAGAGAUUGUGGACGUGUUGGAAAUCGACGAGAGCGUCGCCGCCGCGGACGAAGGCGAAGAAGAAAGAGAGGACGAGGUGAUGCAAAUGCGAAACGAGAAGGAAAUCGAGAGAGACAGAGAGGAAAGGGAGAAAGCGAAAGGAGAGUUGGAGAGCUGGUUGUUGAAGAUUGAGGAGAUGGAACGAUUGGAAGAAGAAUUACAAGACGCAGAAGAAGUAGAGGAGGAGAAGGAGGAGGAGGAGGGAGAAGCGGCGACGAUCGAGGGCGAAAAGAGUACCAACGUAGCGAGUAGUAGUAGUACUAGUGGUGAUAAUACUACUAGCAGUAGUCAACAAAGAAUCCAAAUACGCGCCGGGAUAGAUUCGGGCAUGCCAGUCAUCGAAAGAGGGUUUGAGAAGGACGGGGAAGACAGAGGAGUGCGUAGCGGCGACGGGGAGAGCGGAGGAGCGGAGAAGCCGAUGAGUAAGUUUAUGAUGCGCCAGCUCGGGUUACUGUAG